GGUAAUCGUGAGGCGAAUUUCGAUUUGGUCAAAAAAGCAGCGGCUCCCCGACCAUUCCCCUCACCCAACACCAAGCCGACACCCAUAACCGUGACAUCAGAGUAAAUCAGUCACAAUGGCGCGCCGUCCUGCUAGAUGCUACCGGUACUGCAAGAACAAGCCGUACCCCAAGUCGCGGUUCAACCGUGGUGUGCCGGACCCCAAGAUUCGCAUCUUCGAUCUCGGCCGCAAGCGCGCUACCGUCGAUGACUUCCCGCUCUGCAUCCACCUUGUCUCCAACGAGUAUGAGCAGCUGAGCUCCGAGGCCCUCGAGGCCGCCCGUAUUUGCGCCAACAAGUACCUCGUCAAGACCGCCGGCAAGGAAGGUUUCCAUCUCCGCGUCCGUGCCCACCCGUACCACGUCGUCCGCAUCAACAAGAUGUUGUCUUGCGCCGGUGCCGAUAGACUGCAGACUGGUAUGCGUGGUGCGUGGGGCAAGCCCAACGGCACUGUCGCCCGUGUCAACAUUGGCCAGAUUCUCAUGAGCGUCCGCACUCGUGACACUAACCGUGGCUUUGCCCUCGAGGCCCUCCGCCGCUCCCAGUACAAGUUCCCUGGCCGCCAAAAGAUCAUUAUCUCCAAGAACUGGGGCUUCACUCCCCUCCGUCGUGAGGAGUACCUGGAGAAGAAGGCCGCUGGCCGCGUCAAGGUCGACGGCGCCUACGUCCAGUUCCUCAGCAACCGCGGCAACCUGGAGAGGAACAUGAAGCGCUUCCCGGAUGCCUUCACCGCCUAAAGGGUUUCGUGGGGAGACGGGGAAUGGUUAUUUGGCUUCGGGGUGGCGUCAACGGUCAUUUUAGGGCUGAAACGAGAGCAUGUCAACUAGCAUCAUGGUCUUGAUUCGGCAUAGCAGUCAAUGGAACCAUUCAACCAAAGUGGUUCUCAAUGGACAGCAGGACAUCAGUGCAUUCUUUUCUAGAGUUAUGUUCCUGGAACUUGCGUGACCACAUCACAUCCUGAGUCGCC